AUGGAAGAGACUAGAAAAGCAGUUCAAAGAGAGAAACUAAGAAUCAAGAAGCUAGAUGCAAAGGCUUUCCUUCCAACUAAAGGCAGUGAACAUGCUGCUGGCUAUGAUUUAUACUCAAUUGAAGACACUGUAGUGAAAUCUAAGGAUAAGAAAUUGAUCUCAACAGGAAUCUCAAUGUAAAUACCAGUUGGAAACUAUGGCCGUGUAGCCCCAAGGUCUGGAUUAGCAGUCAAGAACUUUAUCGAUGUUGGCGCAGGAGUCAUUGAUGCUGACUAUAGAGGAGAAGUGAAGGUUUUAUUAUUCAAUUUUGGAGAACAAGACUUUAGUAUUAAUGUUGGAGACAGAGUUGCUCAAUUGAUCAUUGAAAAGUAUACUAGAACUGAGAUUGAAGAAGUACCUAUGGAUUAAGAUCUUGAUUCAACUGCUAGAGGAGAAGGAGGAUUCGGAUCAACUGGAGUUAAACUAGACUCUAACGGCACUCAUUGA